UUUUUUUUUUUUUUUUGGGCAUGCAAGUCAUGAUCUUGACUCUAAACCGGCAACGGCAAGCGACUUGAUGACGCAUUUGAUUACGCGUAUGUGUAUCUGUUACUAUUAAUUGUAUCCGUGUGUGUGUGUUUCGUGAUUUUACGAGAUGUUUGUAAAAAUGCUUGGCGCGCAAUUUUUGCCUUACCUGGCGCAAGGCAGCAGCUGUGUUCUAAUGUUAUGGAUAGCACUAAGUGCAGCGCAUGUGGUUGAAAAGAAUAAUAACGAAGCCGCGCCAGCAGCCACAGAUGUCAAUUUGGUGUUGGUUAACAAAUGUUGUGAAAAGUUUGAAAUACAUGUCAACAAUAUAUGUCAGCAGGUCAACCAAACCGAUUACUUUCAGCCCAUGUUUACCAGCUAUGGCGGUGAACAGAAUCAAGAUGUAGCGCAUUUUAAGUUUGUUAUCGGCGUGCCCAACUGUGGCUCCAAGCAGAUGUGGCCCGUGCUGCAUUAUCCGGGCAGCUACGACAAGUUGGUGCUGCUGGCUGAUGGCAAACUGCGGCAUUAUACCAACACAGAGAAUGAGGAGGAUGAGCAGCGUGGCGAGCAGUCCGACUAUGAUGAGGAGCUAGCAGAGGCAAAGAAGCCACGCUUCUAUGACUAUGAACAAGGACAGUACUGUUUGGAUAAGGCCGUUUCACCGCAGCAUGAGCAGAGCCUCUUCGCUCACAUCUGCCUGGCCAAAAAGGAAAACACCUGGAGUGAUGGCAACUUUCUGUUGCGUAAAAUACUCAAUCCCAUAUUUCACAUAAUAGCGCUCAUCUGUCUGCUGAUCAUAGCCAUUAUCUACUUUAUAUUACCCACGCUUAGCAGAGAUCUAGUGGGCAACAUAGUAACCACAAUUGCCAUGUGUCUCAUGGUUAGCCAGGCAGCGGAUCUGGUUUGCAUCUUUACCGACUUUACCCACCAUGUGAGCUUCAUUGUCGCCGAUAUCAUCUUAUGCUUUAGUCUGCUGGCGGCGUUCUUCUGGCUCAAUAGCUUUGGCUAUUAUAUAUGGAAAACCUUUCGCUCGCGCAAUGUAUUUCUGCGUGUCACCGAUGGACGCAAGUAUUGUUAUUACUCCGCCUAUGCCUGGGGCUGUACCGGUACUAUGGCUGGCCUGGCAGUGUUUGCGCAUUUCUUUCUGGACGCGGAUUCAUACAAAAAGGAGAAUAUGCGUGGCGAGCAGCAGACCAUUGGCUGGCUAGGCAUUUGCAUAUUCUUUGCGCCCAUUGCAUGCACCAUUAUAAUUAAUAUAUUCUUCUAUGUAACCACACGCAAGUUGAUCAAUCGACGCACUGUCUAUGGACGCAUAGCGCACAAGCUUAAGGCCAAUUUCAUCAUGUUCACGCUCAUGCUGUUGGUUAUGUCAUUUGCCUGGCUGUUUCUCACCAUGUCCUGGAUGCAGUUGGACGGACUGGUCUAUGCGCAUAUUAUAGUUAAUGCAUUCCAGGCGCCGCUGCUGCUUUAUAUCUGCGUGCUGCGGCAGCGUCAUGUCACAUUUUUACUAAAGAAAUCCUGCUGCUAUAAUGAGCCGCCCUCUGCCAAUGAUUGGGGAGAUGAGAUGCACUAUAUGAAUGGCAAUGACUAUUGACGAGCCGUCCACCUAACUUAUUAUCCCCAACUGAGCUCAAGCCUUAUUUUUAACAUGUAUGUCUAAGUGUUUUUGUAAUAGUUUAACAAUGUUAAACAUUGAGAUUUGUACUUAAAAUGCAA